GAUAAGGUGUGGUAAACAAGUUAGUUCUAAGCAAGCGCAAGCGACAUCGGGGGGAGCUCUUCCACUAGUUAGCUUGCGUGGUGACGUUUUGCUAGCUUGAAACGCCUACGCUCUGUGGACUACAAAAAUAUCAAGAAUGUCCGAGAAGAGAGCAGACGGCUCAGGGCCAUCUGCAGUACCGAAUGAACCGCCUCCAUCGUACGAGGCCGCCGCGAAUGCUGCUCCUCCCAGCCCAACUAGGCCGCGUGGCCCACCGCGACCGCCGCCUCCGCUGGAUCUACCAGCGUUGAAUGCUAUUAGAGGCAAACGAGUCAUACUGGCUUCGCAAUCACCUAGAAGGAGGCAGCUUCUUGCGCAGAUUGGUCUCACCAAGCUCGAAAUCAUCCCCUCCGGCUUCGCGGAAGACCUCGAAAAGAGUGGCCUUUCUGCGAUGGAAUACGUGCUCGAGACCGCAACUCAGAAGGCCAUAGAUGUGUACAAGCGCGAGAUAGACAAUACUGAAAAGGGUGAGCCGGCGCUCAUCAUCGCUGCCGACACCAUCGUCGUCAGCCAUUUUGGCGACAUUCUGGAGAAGCCCAGGAGCGAGGCAGAACACAUUCAAAUGCUCACGAUGCUGAGAGACACCGGGGAACACAAGGUGUACACUGCCGUCGCUUGCAUGUCUCCUUUGGAGAGCGCCAAAGACCCCGGCUACGCGCUCGAAACACACGUGGAGGAGACGACGGUCAGGUUUGACAGGACUGUGUCUGACGAGCUGCUUCUUGCCUAUGUCAAGACAAGAGAAGGUGCUGACAAGGCUGGAGGCUAUGGCAUACAAGGAACGGGCUCCAUUCUGGUGGAAAGAAUCGAAGGUACAUUUGACAACGUCGUGGGACUACCUCUGAGAGCAACCCUUCAGCUCAUCGAGAGAGUCAUGGAACCGGAAGAGCGAAGCGAUGAUGAAUUAUCGUUCGAUAGAUGAACAAGGACUGCAGUGAUAGGGUAAGAGCACGGAUUUGUCAUAUGAUUCACAUAUUUUGAAAUGCGCGAGAAUAUGCCGAUCCCUAGUCAAAGUGGAACAAGUCUGAAGAGGUCAGGGACACGUAUAGAUUGAGAGGGUUGUAUGAAGCACAGCUGCACCCUCAUAUAUGAUGGCUGACGCAUGUGUAGGCAGGCAAAUCAGCAGGUCCAGAAGCGUACAAUGUCUCCCGCUGAAUGUGUGAUAUAUGGUUGAAUGACCUUGUUUCAAUCUGGAAGCCGUGUUCUCUUUCAUCAAGGCAGCCGGUCUAAAGCAGGUGUUUCUGUGCCCUGCGUAUGGCUUUUUUCGCGGAGCAUUGCUCUUCCCUUCGACGUGCAUAAAACUAGCUGUUGGACCCUAGUUCUCGCAAUCAUGGGAGUGCGAAGACGCGACUGUGACAGCAUUUUCUUGACACAAAUACACACCAGAAAAACAGAAAUCGACAUUGGUAGUUUUGCACUUGGAGCGACAUUUUGAAUAGCUUCUGGGAAAAGGCCAAUCUGGUUUCCAGAGCAGGUGAAUUCGCAAAUUGACCAUCUCCGGGAAUUCCAUCACUCUCAUAGAGUAUCCCAUUGUGUCAAAAGCUACUGCUGUGCGUUAUAAAUGGAUCAUGCCAGACUGAGAGAAUCCAGUGCUUUUCACUUGCAUCUGAACAGCGGUUAUUAAUCAUGUCUUGAUUUAGUCCCAAAUCGUGGACUCGUCGCACAUUUGCGAUGAUAAACAUAUGCAUUUGGAACAAUUCGAAGUAAUCAUAUCCAGGCCACUGCUUUGAAUACUGUUUUGGAAUUCUUCAGCGACCAGGUUUUGGCUCAUCGUGUUCAAUUGCUCCUGAGGCUUUUGUGAAGGAAGGAAAACAUGGUGAUACAUCAACUCCCACCGUUGCCUUGUAUCUUGUCAUUGCCGGUGUUCCAGCGACAAAUUGAUUCGGGCAAUGCUUCAGGGCAUUGCUAGAUGACUGGUUGGAAUCAAAGACGUGCAGUUCAUUUGUUCUGAACUUUGAUCGCUCUGAUGAAAGCGUAAAUAUUGUGUUGAGGCCGUCUGACUUGGGAUAUCAGGAAUUAAAACUCGAGAAGGACGUGGUUAGUAGCAAAUGCAUAUGUCCAUCAGAACGCGGGGCUCAAUGAAUCAUUGGUCUGAUUACGACAGUGGGGAUCCAGGGUCUUCGAUAUCGCUGGACUUGAUUUUCCGAAUUGGAGCCAAGAUUGGUCUGUUUCUUAAAGCGCAGAGCAAUCAUGCUUUUGUUGUAUGUUUAUAUUAAGAAUUCAGCUUCCAC